AAACGGCUCGGAAGUGUGUUUUUACUGCGGAGUGAAAAUUAUCAACGUGAUUCGGUACCAUCAGUGUUGAUUCGUAAGGAUUUGAGACCAUUUCGCGUUCUGGUUGCGCAAUGAAUAACGAUCCCGGAAAGUGUGCCCUUUGCGGAGUGGCAUCCAACAUGAAGUGCGCCGGCUGCAAACGGAUCGCCUACUGCGGCCCGGAACAUCAGAAAAAACACUGGAGACAGCAGCACAAGAACGACUGCGCUAAGCCAUAUGAGAUUGUGCAACACUCUGAAAAGAACAAGCUUAAUCGCAACGAGGAAGUGGGUCGUUACUAUCGAGCAACGGAAAACAUUCCGAAGGGGACAACUCUUUUCAUCGAAAGCCCACUGGUUAUCGGACCCAAAUGGAAUCUGGCCGAGUACGAGCUGCGAUCGACGAUCGUUCCGUGUGUAGGCUGUUUUACCGACUGUCAGUUGGGUUUGUACCGAUGCGAAAAUUGCCACUGGCCAACAUGUAAACCUGACUGUCCCGGAUUAGAGAAUGCCAACCUGCACGUCCUCGAAUGCGGUAUGUUACGGCUUGGGCCAGGACCCAAGCCACGGGAUGAUCCGAAUGCCAUGUUUGACUACUACCGGUAUGACUCGUUACUUGCGCUCAAAUGUUUGGCUCUACAGAUGAUCGAUAGGAAACGGUUCGAGCAAAUGAUGCAGCUUGAAAGCCACUACGAAGCACGCAUGGGUUCUCAGUUCUACAAGGAAGCUGACGAACGGACUGUAAAGUACUUGUUGAAAAAUUUCGUUGAACCGCUAAAGAAAUUGGAACAAAAGCAGGGUAAAGUUGUACUGCCGGUUUGCGACACCAAGGCUUUGCAUAAGAUCUGCGGAAUUCUCGAGGUCAAUGCAAUGAUAAUUCCGCUGAGUAAUGGACGAGAGAUCUGUGGGUUAUAUCCGAACGGUUGUAUGUUGGAACACUGUUGCAUGCCAAAUUGUUACUACACCUUUGACUGCAGUAAGGGAAUGAAGCUAAAUUUCAAGGCAGGAAAAACUAUCAAAAGGGGUGAGCAUCUAUGUACAACCUACACACACUCCCUGUGGGGAACCCAGCAGCGACGCGAUCACCUAAAAAGUAACAAAUACUUUGCCUGUAGCUGCCUUCGUUGCUCGGAUCCAACUGAACUUGGAACCUACCUGAGCGCUCUAAGAUGUAUGGGAGUAGAUGAUAAUGCUUGCAAUGGAUUUCAGCUUCCGAUAUACCCACUGGAUGAUACCAGCAAUUGGAAGUGCAAUCAAUGCGCGAUCGACGUUCAGGCCGAUCAAGUCAACUUCCUGCUGUCGAAAAUAGGCGAGGAAGUUGAUUUUGCCAUGGACCGCAAAUCGUCCAUUAAACAGAUGGAUGACUUGGUAUCCAAACUAUCAACGUUUCUGCAUCCAAAUCAUUACUUUCUGCUUACGCUUAAACACUCGUUGAUUCAAAUGUACGGACACCUUAAUGGCUACUUAACUAGUCAACUCUCUGAUGCCAUACUGGCCCGCAAAGUCGAAAUUUGUCGGGAAAUGAUGAAGGUUAUUGACAUUCUAGAUCCGGACUCUUUUCGGCUCAGUUUGUACGCCGCCGUAAUCUUCUUCGAGCAACAGUCGGCCCUGAUCGAAAUCAACGAGCGGAAGCUGCGAUCGAAUGUUCCAAAAGAGGACUCUUCAGUUCAGAAAAAUUAUAACGACGCGUUGAACUGUUUAAAACGCGCCAAAGAGGUCCUUGCCUAUGAAAUGGGCACACGGCAGGGCAAGAAGCUUUCGGAGGAGGUGCAGAAAGCAACGGAGCGGUUAGAAGCAAUGAUCCUGUGUUGAUUCAAUGAAUAAUGAUUUUUAAUCACUUGGUUUUGCAUGAAUGUUAUAAAGUUUGGAAAAUAUUCAUUAUUUUUAAACAUAAA